UUAAAGAAAAUGUCUCUGUCUUUUCCUCUUGCUUAAUCUCUCUCUUUCUCUUUUCUCUAUGGCACUGUGUAUGCAGUGGGUUAGUGCUGUGUAGGCCUAUACAGUCUUUGUGGUGCAGCUCCUCUAUGCAUGCCAUAUCUGUUGGUACGGUAGUUCUUUAAAAUUUGCUUUUGACAUCACGGAGGAGAGAAGAAAAAAAACCUCUCUGUGUCUCGAAUUUAUCGAUGCAAGUUGGUUUUGAAGUACCCAUGCUCAAAUCAAGUUUUAGUUUCCACUCCUCCGAAUGCUGUGUACGCUCUUCUCUGAUUACAGUCAAAAUACGAGUAGAGAGAGUUUGCUUCACCAAGCACGGAGCAGAGACUGUUUGGCUGUCUGUGAAAUGAACAUAUACAGUAGAUGUAAUAAUUCUGUAUGACUUGUGUUUUGGUGUAUGUGUAAAUAGGAAUGGGAUCUAGAGCUAGAAGUGGUUUUCAUGUUAUUACACACUUCCUUACAGCCCCAUCUCCCUUUCUCUCUGCUCUUUACCCCUGCCGGCCCUCUCAGCUGUCAUUCCUUUGUUUUCCUGUUUUAUCUCUCCCCCUCUCCUCCUCUUCCUCUUCUCCUUUCCUUAAACAUUCAUUUGAUCUCUCUUUUUCCACCUCUACCCACCCCCCUUUCUUCUCCAGCUAACAUUCACAUCGGUAGAUUUUAACGAGGAAGGAACUGGGAACUGAGAUUAGUAAGACAAGAGGGAGAAGGGAUAAGAGGGGAAAAUAAAGUGUUUACUAUGCAAAAGGCGGGAGUAGAAGAAGAAGAGGAUGAGAAAAAGAAGGCAACUUUUAUAAAGCAACCUGAAGAAAUGGUGUAACAGGACAGUAUUCAUGUGUUGCAUGCGCCGUCUUUACCUGCGCGUGAGAGACACCUCCAGUAUGGUACCUACAUUAAAAUUAAAAAUGAUCAUAAUACCAUUUCAGUAACUCUGGUUCCUGUGUUUUACUUUGAAGGGUUGGACAUAACAGGAAGUGAUGGAGUAAAUACUCACAUCCCUUACUUAAGUAAAAGUACCAGCCCCAAUCAUUUCAGCUCUACUUAUCUAUAGUGUUGAGUAGUUUCAUUUAUUGCUUUACAAGCUGCUCAUGUGUUUUUUUUAGUGACAAAUAUUAAUUUGUAAAGUAAAAAGUAUCUACGAGUACCUCUACUUUGUACGGGGUAAGUAUAGUACCUGAGUGAAUGUUCUUAGUUACAUUUCACCUGUUAAUAGAUCACCUUUCAUAACAGUGAAAUUCCUGCCGAGAUGACACUGAGGUUUGUGCAGCACAUUUGAAAGGUUCAUUAUUCUUUAGAGAAUGAUGCAGUAUUUUCUGCUCUCAGGAGUAGAUGUGUGAUUUGUAUGAGUCAGUGACUUCAAGCCUGCAUGUUGGCUCUCUGUAACGUGUCUCUUUAAGGUCAUGUUUCAUCUGUGUGAGGUUGUUCUGUGUCUUUGUUGUUGUUUUUUUUUUGUUUGUUUGUUUUUUUUGGUUGUCUCUCUUCUUUUUAUGCUCAUUUUGCAUCUCUGUGGUCACUCUCUGUCUCAUUGUGGUCAUUUAGUGUCUCUUUGAGGUCAUUUGGCAUCCCUCUGGUCAUUAGGCAUGACUGUUUUGUGCCUCAGUGUAGACAUUUUACAUCUUGUUGCGGUUGUUUUGUGCCUCUUUGUAGUUGUUUUGUAUCUCCUUGGGAUCAUUUUGUGUCUAUUUGUAGUUGUUUUGUGUCUUCUAACUGAGCUCGGAGACUUUCUAACAAGACAUUUUGUGAAGUAUUGUCACCUCAUACAGCCACUCAGACUCAGGUGCCCAUUUUUUUUGUCCAUUUUGAUCACCUCUGCUUCUUCACACAGCUCACCUUCUUUAUAUUCAGAUCUUUAAAUAUUCAUAUUCUCAUUUAUCCUUUUAUUCAUUCAGAUGAAGGGACAGCUUCUCUCUCAUUUGCUCCUGGAUGUAAUCCUGAUGAGUGUAUUAAUAUGAAGGACAUGUAAUGAGUAAACAGCUGUGAUGUCAGCCACAGAGCUCCUCUGAAAUUAAUAUUAAUAAUUCAUUUUAUUUAAAACCUCAUUCUUAUGUUGGGAAAAAAAAGCCUUUUAACCCAGUCAUACUCUUUUUUUGCAACACCGUGUUUUGUUUGAUAUAGUUGAACAUUUACUUGGAUUAAUGCUUUGAGUCUGUCUUUCACUAUAAGUUGUUGCACAGUGAUGUGCAGGGUUUUCUGUUUCUCUGGUCAUUUCAGUAAACAUUAAAAUGACUGUGCAGCUGUGAUCUGGUGGACAACACUGGGAACUGAUGCAGAUGUAGGCUACAGGUUUCACACACACACACUGGAGGGCGGGAUUAUCCUGCAGUUUCUGUCAUGCAGAGUUGAUCUACAGUGGAACCAGAUCGUGUCCAGAGCAGCGCUGCUGAUUCUGUUUUCUCUAAACAACCUUUUGUUUUUGUUUGUUUUAUCCAGUAUGAUGGCUUUUUUUCUACUUCUCGUUCCUCGGCCUGGUUUCCUCUCUGAUUUUUCAUUAUUGACAAACAGCCACAUCCCGUUAUCCUCGUCUGCGCCCUUGACAUGGAAACAUCCCAGCUCUGGUCUGUAGUACUGUGCGUUUAGUGUAGUGUGUGUGUGUGUGUGUGUGUGUGUGUGUGUGUGUGUGUGUGUGUGUGUGUGUGUGUGUGUGUGUGUGUGUGUGUGGGAGAGGGGGGGGUGAUGACCUGUCCCGAGAUCUGCACAGUUAUCCACCCAUGCGAGUUUGGCGCAGGUUGCAGAAGAUGUGCAGAAAAUCAGAGUUUCCAUCACCUUCAGCCGACUGGAUCCACACAAAGAUAAAACACCGGGGGGAAGUUUUCAACAGUUUCUGACUCUGCCGGUCUGUCCACUGGAGGACUCCAGGAGGAGGAGGAGGAGGAGGAGGAGGAAGAGGAGGGGGCCGGGCAGACAUGAGGCUGUGUAACCGGGGUGCGAUGAUGCUGCUGACCACGGCGGGGGCUUUCUGCGCCUUCAGCCUCAUGACCAUCGCCGUGGGAACGGACUACUGGCUGUACUCCCGCGGGAUGUGCCGCUCCAAGAGCCUGAGCGACAACGAGACCGUCCGCAAGAACGAGGAGGUCCUGACCCACUCCGGUCUGUGGAGGACCUGCUGCACGGAGGGGACGUUUCGUGGUGUUUGCAAAGACAUUGAUCAUUUUCCUGAAGAUGCAGACUAUGAGCAGGAUGCUGCAGAGUAUUUAUUACGAGCAGUACGAGCCUCCAGCCUCUUCCCCAUCCUCAGCGUGGGGUUAUUAUUUCUCGGAGGUGUGUGUGUAGCUGCCAGUGAGUUCUACAAGUCGCGCUACAAUGUCAUCCUCAGCGCGGGGAUACUCUUUGUCUCUGCAGGUCUCAGUAACAUCAUUGGCAUCAUUGUUUACAUAUCAGCCAACUCAGGUGACCCCAGCCAGAGUGACAACAAGAAGAGCUACUCCUACGGCUGGUCUUUUUAUUUUGGGGCUCUGUCCUUCGUGCUGGCUGAGAUGGUGGGCGUCCUGGCAGUGCACGUGUUCAUAGAGAAACACAGGCAGCUGCGCACUAAAGGCCGGCCUUCCCUCAUCAAGCCUCCCAUCUCCCGCAGCUCAUCUUACUACCGCAACCGUUACUACCAGAACCGCUGCCGCCGAUACAGUUACAGGAGCAACCACAGCGCAGGGGACUCGACCUCGCACUCCUUCCGGGCGUCUUUGGUGCAAGACCGAGAGCCGGCCCUGUCCUCUGAAUCCAAAGGCGGUUUGCCAACACCAGUGACAGUGGGUUCAGAGUUCAUGCUCUACACCUUAACCUCACCACUCAAAGACGGUAAGAUUGACAUGACAGCGGAUGAUUUAACUGCUGCGGCUGCUCACAACAACACAGAGAUGCUGCCUGGAAACUGCACUGCCAACAGAAGGACCACGCCUGUGUGAGCCAAGAGGCACAGCGAGGAAACAGAGGAACUUCAGUGAGACGAGGAUAUUAAAUAAGAGGAAGUCCUCUCACCUCCUUUGCAAAGGAAAAGGGAAGACUUCGGGUAUCGAAGGGUGCAUCGACUGCAUCAGUUGAUUUGUUGUUUAGUCGAUGAAAUUUCAGAAAACUGAAAAAUCCCAGUCGCCAUUUCCCAGAGCCCAACGUGACGUCUCCAAAUUGUUUUGUGAAAAAACCUGAUGAGAUUCAAUUUACAGCAUUUCUAAAACUCAGCAGAUCCUUAUGUUUGAAAUGCUGGAAUCAGAGAAUGACAAAAAAAAAAAAAAAAUGACUAUGAAAUUAUCAGAAGUAGUGGCUGAUUGUUUUCUGGUCAGUGAACUGAUGAUUCCAGCUUUAGACUGAAACAAACUGUCUUGUUCAUUUGCUGUUGACAAACUCUGAGUAAAAGAGACACAGUAAACAAGAACACAGUUUUGAGAUCUGCUACUUUUGUGCUCUUUGUAUGUCGUUCUGCUAUGCUAUUACAGUAGCUAUAUCUACAGUGUAUCUGUAGUGAGUGUGAAUGACUGUUUAUAGUAAUAUAGGAAUGUGUGUGUGUGUGUGUGGGACACAGUCAUACAGAGAAAGACAGAAAGAAGCAGCGUCCAUGAAAAUAAGAAACUAUCGCGUAAAGAGAUAAAACAAAGAUUCACACGUACAUCUGGGAAUGACAUAACAAUGUCCUGUUCCUGUCCUCCUUUUUGUGGACCUAAGCACGAGAUCGAAACCCCCAUUAAACGCAUUAAAACUCUCUCUAUCUGUCUCUCACUGUGUCUGUUUGUGUGUCAGAGUGCAUAUUGCAUAAGUGCACCAAAAGGUUCUGCCCUUAUGGUUGUGUCACUGAGUCUCUGUUUACAUCAAAUAAAGCUCAUAAAUUAACUGAA